UUGUUUGAAAAAGAAGAAACAUCUUUGGGACUAUUAAUAGGGCUCAGAAAGUUAUUUCAGCAUGGUGGAGCUGUGUGCUGAAGACCUCUCUCUGUCUCUCUCUCUGUCUCUCUCUCUCUUUCUCUCUCUCUGUCUCUCUCUCUCUGUCUCUCUUUCUCUCUCUCUGUCUCUCUCUCUCUCUGUCUCUGUGUCUCUCUCUGUCUCUCUCUCUCUCUGUCUCUGUGUCUCUCUCUGUCUCUGUCUCUCUCUCUCCCUGGAGAACUUCUUGGUGAAGACUAAGCUCGGGUGAGGUCACUCAGGUGUUUCCAGGCUCCAUCAUGCACAACAGUUCUGAUGAUGCUGUUGUUGUUUCUGGACCAGUUCUACAACGCCUGAUGCAGGAAAACCUGCGCUACAGUAACGGAGUCGGUCCAGAGAACCAGGCCAUGACAUCACCCAGCAACCCCGCCUCAGCUGAGAUUCUGCUCCCAGAGACACAGCCCCGACAGGAGCCACAGGGUCAGGAGCAUCAGGUGGACAGCAGCUCCAUGGAAAAGAACGCCAAAGGAGCACAAAACACAGCAGCCGGCAUACAGGUGACUCUCGCUGUCCCUGGGAUUGGAGCAUUAGAGCUUCCUUCAUAUGAGGAGGCUAAAUCCCAGUCUCAGCUUUACAGAGGUCAACAGGGUCAGAACGAUGAGCCAAACAUGGUCUGCACACACACCAAUGUCCAAAACACGGGAAACACACUUACAAACUUGGGUCACACAUAUACAGGUCUAAAGAACCCUAACCAGGCUUUGAGCAGUCCAGCUCCUGUCCAGAACACACAAACUCAGCUGAGUUUACAGCCCAACCCACACAUCCCCACCAGCACCAGCUCGUGUCCUCCAUCUCUCUCCUCAGCUCCCUCGUUGUCCUCCUUUGCUCGUGCUGAAGGUCGUUCGUGGGUCCAGCGAGGGUUUAUGGGAGUGGACGAAGGCUUAGCCGGUCUCGAACAGGGCCAUGUCCGUUCCCUCAGCGAGCGCAUUAUGCAGCUCAGUUUGGAGCGAAACGGAGCCAAGCAGCCCAGAGAGACGUCUCCUAACAGCGAGGAACGAACGGUGAUGACGCCCGCUUUCCCGUCUAGCAAAACUGCCACCCCUCCACUGCCUAAAGUUGCCCUAGAUCCUCGUGGUCCUCCUCCUGAAUAUCCUUUCAAAGCCAAAGCCCAGUCACCGUACCCGUCCAGUGUAAGCCCUGGUCCAGUAUCGCUAGAACAAACCACAUUCUCUUUCGAAGCUUCUUUGGGACAGACUUCCGGUUUAAUGCCCCCUGUCGUACUACAGACUGGAUCGGGCACACGUUUGCCCCCACAGGGGCAGAUCGUACCUGCUGAGGCGUUUUCCAUGAUGAGCCACGCUCAGCAUAUGAUGACGUUCCUCAGCGAUGAAAACCAGAGACUCAGGCAGGAACUGCUGAUCCAGACAGAGAAAACGGGGAAAUUGCAACGGUUGGAGGCUGAAGUCCAACGUCUGUCAGAUGUCUAUGAGAAUCUGGUAAGAAGCUCAUCCAAGCGGGAAACUCUGGACAAAACAAUGAGGAUGAAACUGGAGGGAGAAAUCAGACGCCUGCACGACUUCAAUCGAGACCUGAGAGAUCGUUUGGAAACGGCAAAUCGCAAACUGGCCCAUCAAGACAUAGAAGGGCCGGAGGAUAGCCAUGAUUACCUCUCAGAGAGAAGGGAGAGUCUAAAGGAGAUGGAGAGGCUGGAGACUGAGGCGGAGUCUCUUCGUUCAGCCAAUGAGGAUCAGCGACGUCACAUUGAGAUCUUAGAACAGGCUCUGAACAACGCUCAGAGCAAAGUGGUCAGACUGGAGGAGGAGUUGGGGAAGAAAUGUGUGUACGUGGAGCGCGUGGAGCGUCUACAGCAAGCUCUGGCACAGCUUCAGGCUGCGUGUGAGAAACGAGAGCAGCUGGAGAAACGUCUGAGGACACGACUAGAGAGAGAGCUGGAAACACUAAGAUCCCAGCAGCGUACUGGUGUAGGUGUGUGUGAGUCCAGUGCCCCAGCCCUACUGGACCUGCUGAGAGAGAGAGAGGAGAGGAUUCUGGGAUUGGAGGCAGACAGGAUGCGCUGGGAACAGAAAUAUUUAGAGGAGAGCGCAAUGAGGCAGUUUGCCAUGGAGGCAGCGGCUACGGCAGCCGCACAGAGGGACACAACAAUUAUUCAGCAUUCUCGCAGUGGUAGCUACAGUGAUGCUUGUCUGUGGCCUCAUGAUGGAGAAGAUAAAACAUACAACCGCUGCUGUCAGGACAUAGAGACGAGGAUGAAAGAUCUCCACGCUCAGCUGUUGGAGAAAAUCGCCAUGAUUAAAGUGUUGCAACACCGCUCACGCCGAGACUCCGCCCCGCUGCGCCCUGCCCGCUCUGUCCCCUCCAUUACCAUGGCGACAGGCGUACACUCCCGCCAGGCCUCGCAGACUGAAAGUGUGCUGCUGGGAAAAGAAAAUGUUGACCACCUUCCCCCAUCACUGCCCUCCUUCUCAGCCUCACUGUCAUCCCUCAUUCCAUCCCUCUCCUCUUCUCUCCCUCCCUCCUUUACUCCCCUGUCUGUCUCUGCUCUCCAUCCACCAUCAGUAAUGUCAUCCUCUACGCUUCCUCUCGCCUCCUCGUCUUCUUCACUCUUCUUGUCCUCCUCAGCAACUCUUCCCCUUCUGUCCACACUCUCUCAUUCCCUUCCUCCACUGCCCCCCACUGUCUCAUCCUCUCUUCCUUCCACUCCUCUUCUAUCACUCCAUUCUAAAUCAGCUAGCAGAGACAGCAGCACACAAACGGGGAGGAGUCCAGAGAGUGUCAAAGUCACGCCCCCUACAGGCCGAGGGAGAACAGCGAGGAUGGACUGCCCAUCCACUCAGAUGAAGUCUCCCGAGAGUCGAGUCUUCCACACAGCGGGGCAGAUGAUCAGACCGGCCGACUCGGACCUGGUGGAGAUUCUGAUCUAACACGCAUCUAUAGACAGUCUCAACACUGGAGGAGAGAGACAGACAGACAGACAGACAGACAAAGAAAGAGACAGCAGAAGGUAGAGACAGAGAGGUAGAUAGACAGAUUGAAGCUCAGCUGCACAGAGUGUGAAUAAUUCAGUGCUCCUUGUAGAAAGGUGUGUGUUGAUAUUAUAUUUUCUAUCACAGUAUUGUGUAUAAGGACACUACUGCUUGUCCUGUUUACUCCAGCUGUAGUUGUGGUCAGGGUUGUGGUGUCUCCUCAGACAUCUCGUUUCACUAAAAGUGUGUAUAUGAGAGGAUUAGAUAAAACCACAGUUCUUGUGUGUAUGUGUGUGUGUGUGUGUGUGUAGAUCAGUCGUAGUAUGUAACACACUUUCCGGACACGGCUCAUUUACACAUCUUCACAAAACUCCAUAAAAGGCCACACUCACACACAGCUGGGAGCACAAAUGAGCAAUUAGGGUAAAGUCUGAAAAAAAGAAGUGGACAUUAUUUCCACUGAUAGAAAUAUUUCAUAAUAUAUACUAUUAAUAUUAAUAAGAGAAUUAAUUAAUAAUCCUCCAUCAGCUAAGGUGUUACUGGUUACUGCGCUAACCAGCUCACCCCCCACUUAUACACCACUAUUUCUUUUAUCAUACACUAUAUUGCCAAAAGUAUUGGGACACCCCUUCAGAUCAUUAAAAUCAGGGGUUGGGCUCGGCCCCUUAGUUCCAGUGAAAGGAACUCUUAGUGCUUCAGCUUCAUACCAAGACAUUUUGGACAAUUUCAUGCUCUUUGUGGGAACAGUUUAGGGAUGACCCCUUCCUGUUCCAACAAGAGUGGAGAUUGUGAGCCAGACCUUCUCGUCCAACAUCAGUGUCUGACCUCACAAACAUGCUUUUGGAGGAACGGGCAAACAUUCCCAUAAACACACUCCUAAACCUUGUGGAAAGCCUUCCCAGAAGAGUUGAAGCUGUCGUAGCUGCAAAGGGCGGGGCAACUACAUAUUACAUUCAUGUGCAUGGCAAGGGAGGUGUCUGAAAACUUUUGGCUAUAUAGUGUAAUUAAUUGAUUCGUUUUAUUUGUCUUUCAUAAACGUGUUGACACGAUUUGUUUUUUUUAUACUCUAUAAUUAAUGCUAAUAAAAAAUUGGCUGGUUUUCUUCAAAUGUUCCUGAUGGAGCUCUUAGUCCCUGAUCUAGUGAAGAACGAUGAGGAUGUGUUUCAGGUCCCCAAAGACUUCAAAGCUCUACAUAUAAGUGUCUCUGGAUAAGGACCAUAAAUCUGUGUAUGUCCAGCUCAUUAAACAAGGCCCAGUGCAUGCACUUAGUUUCUGGACAGGAUGUUCCUUUAGGUAAGGAUUGAGGAGCAUGUGGUGCAGCCGUGUCUGGGUCACACUGACAGACAGAGCGAAAGUGUUACUAAUGAAACAGAAGGAAAACAAAGUUGAGAGCGGAGAACAGGUCGAUGAGGUGAAUGAGUUUAAUGCAUGAUAUAAAAGUGUGUGUGAGAGCCUGAAGGUUAAAAACAAGUGUGUGAGUCAGUGGAGCAUCACUCAGUAAUCAUGUGUCUGUUUCAGACACUCAACCUUUUCUCUAGCUUUUCUACACAUUUUUCUGAAAAUCAAAUUGCUGUUAUUUUCUGUUAUUAUAUUGAGCGACAUUUUUGUUCCUUUCAUGUAAAACAUGAUAAAAAGCUUGAGGUGAUUAUCAUCAUGUGGAAAUGGAAUAUCUCAUAUUGAAGUUCUGAGAUGUUUAUCUGGUUCCUCGUCUGUUCUCUGCAAUAAAACCGUGCCUUAAUGCACAACACACACACACACACACACAGUAUUUUCAUUACUCAUUUGACUUACCCCCUCACACGCCUCCUCACCUCACCAUCUAUGUGUUACUGCCACCUUCUGGCCACAUAUAAUAAUAAUAAUAAUAAUAAUUAUUAUUAUUAUUAUUAUAACUGAUUAAUUAAAAAUGUAUAAUGGUGCAAAAUAAAGAAA